UUAUAUUCAGAAGAUGAUUUAAGAAAAUACGAUAAUGAAUUUGAACCAGAAAGUUAUAAAAAAAUAUAUAGACAACCAUUUGAUUCAACAGAGAAAUUCAUGUUUUUACGAUUACAUUACAAUACUUUAAAAAAAAGAAAUGAAGCAUUGAAAAAGAUUAAAACUAAAAGAGAAGAAAUUCCUCUUAAAAAUUUGAUCAAUACUAUGACACAUAUUCAGACAAUAAAACAUCCUAUUACAGAACAGUUGCAUAUGAGAAUG